UACUUUGCGCGCUCCCGUGUCUCUCUGACAUUCCGCGUGCUCUCACGUGCUGUCUGUGUAUAAAAAGGGUCCCCUGUCUGUCUGUCCUCAUCAUGUCCACUCUGUCACCAGACAAACGGAGGAAGAUGGAGUCCGCGCUGAACCAGCUGAAGAAGCACACCGUGGUGGUGGCAGACACCGGAGACUUUAACGCCAUCGAGGAGUACAAGCCUCAGGAUGCCACCACCAACCCGUCUCUCAUCCUGGCUGCUGCCAAGAUGCCGGCCUACCAGCACCUGGUAGACCAGGCCAUUAAAUACGGCAUCGCCAAAGGCGGAACUGAGGAGGAGCAGGUAGACAACACCAUGGACAAGCUGUUCGUGAGCUUCGGGCUAGAGAUCCUCAAGAAGGUCCCGGGCCGAGUCUCUACCGAGGUGGACGCCAGACUUUCUUUUGACAAAGAUGAGAUGGUUGCCAGGGCCCUGAGGCUCAUCGCUCUCUACGAAGAAGCUGGAAUCGGUAAGGAGCGAGUGCUCAUCAAGCUGUCGUCUACCUGGGAGGGGAUCCAGGCCGGCAGGGUGCUGGAGAAAGACCACGGUGUUCACUGCAACAUGACCUUGCUGUUCUCUUUCGCUCAGGCUGUGGCCUGCGCAGAAGCAAACGUGACUCUUAUAUCACCCUUCGUUGGCCGCAUCCUCGACUGGUACAAAGAGAGCACCGGCCGCGCAAGCUACGAACCACACGAAGACCCAGGUGUGCUGAGCGUGACCAAGAUUUACAACUACUACAAGAAGUUCGACUACAGCACCGUGGUGAUGGGCGCCUCCUUCAGGAACACGGGGCAGGUGAAAGCGCUGGCGGGCUGCGACCUGCUCACCAUCUCCCCCGGGCUGCUGGCGGAGCUCAGCCAGGACCACAGCGCCGUCCCCGAGAUGCUCAAAGCGGAGAAAGCCAAGGCUUGUGAUCUGGAGAAGAUCCACCUGGAUGAGAAGGACUACCGCUGGCAGCACAACGAGGACCGCAUGGCCGUGGAGAAGCUGUCCGACGGCAUCCGCAAGUUCGCUGCUGACGCCAUCAAGCUGGAGACCAUGAUCAAAGAGAAAAUGCUCAACGUGAAAAACGGCAAGUAAUGCACAGAUCUGGCGUCUCCGGCUGCAUCGACAGGAGGUAAAAGGAGUUAGCGGGCCGCUCUCUUGUCUCCAACCACCUGAGAGAAGGUCCAAAGCGCUGCAAGGCCCCCCCUCUCCUCAUCUGACCAAACUCCAGGGACCCCCGUCCUGACCGGAGGUCCUCUCUUAGACUGAGAUUAACUGUUUGUUUUUCUGACCAAACAUAAAUGGUGAUUGAUGCUUGUGUGGAUUUGCUGUAAAAUAGUUGUAUUUUUACUAGAAAUUUGACCAGAAAGGGACAAACUCUUGUAGAAGAAAUGAAGCGUGUAACAUCACGCGACUACUAGACCAUUUUUCGGGGGAUUGAGAGCCCGAGUUUGAUAAAUGACCAACAUCGUCCCCUCAUUCCUCAGAAGAUAAUCUUUUGCUUUUUCGGUGAAUAAAAAUCUCAGUCAUUGCA